UUCUCUUUUUUCUAGUUUACUUCUCUUCUCAACUAUUGCUUGAUUCAUGGUAAAAGAUUAACUUUGCUUUUAAGGGUACAACUCGAAGCUCUCUCCCCAUUCAAAAAUUUCCAAUUUUAGUAGAGGUUUUGAAUGGUUAGGUUCCAAUUUUGGAAGUUCUAAUUAGGUUUUAGAGAAGUUAUUUCUUUUUUGCUCAAUUAACAAAGCUAAUUGUAGAAUUGAAUCCAUUUUGGUUUCUGGGUGUAGUUUAUAAUCAAAGUCCUUGUUCAAUCUAACUUUUGUUUUAGGAUUGAAAAUUUCAGAGGGGGUGGGAUAGGGGUGUACGAGUUUCACUGGAAGAACAACUUCACAUUUCAAAGACAAUGAUUCUGCCAUUCACCGGGUGCAUUCUGUGGAAAUUGUACUCGGUUCUUGAGAAAAAAUUUAGCGUUAACAAAAGCUUUUACUUUUGGAUUUUCCAGAUUUUUAAUAGAUACAGCCUUGGCACUUAGCGGCAAAGUUCAUAGCUGUCUUGGCUCUGCUUCUGUUCUGCUCUAAUUCUGUUUUUGUUCUGUUUCCCUCUUUUCUUUUUUUGCCAAUCUAGUUUUUCAUUUCCUUAAAUAUAUUCUAAAUUAAAGUACUAGAGAAGAGUUAAGCAGACUGGGGACUGAGACAAUGGUUGGAGCAUCACUGCCACCGGGUUUUCGGUUCCAUCCAACUGAUGAGGAAUUGAUAGGAUAUUACCUGAAAAGAAAGACUGAAGGACAAGAACUUGAGCUUGAAGUUAUUCCCGUGAUCGAUUUGUACAAGUUUGAUCCGUGGGAGUUGCCAGAGAAGUCGUUCCUUCCAAAACGAGAUUUGGAAUGGUUCUUUUUCUGUCCCAGGGAUCGAAAGUACCCAAAUGGCUCGAGAACAAACCGAGCCACCAAAGCUGGCUACUGGAAAGCUACAGGAAAAGACAGGAAAGUGGUGUGUCAAUCUGCUGUCACUGGCUAUCGUAAGACCCUGGUUUUCUACCAGGGACGUGCCCCUUUAGGAGAUCGAACGGGUUGGGUAAUGCAUGAGUAUCGGCUCUCUGAUGCGCCCUCUCAAGGAUCAACUAACCAGGGUGCUUUUGCCUUGUGCCGGGUAGUGAAAAGGAACGAGCAGAAGGCGAGUGAUGCGCAUGGAGAACCAAAAGGCACGAGGGUCGGAAGCAGUUCCACCAAUGUGGAACCUACCUCGACAAGGAUCUGUAACGAGCCCUUGAGCGUUGGUGACAUUUCGUGUCAAACAAGUUACCCUAACAACGAGAGUCGUUAUUCAAGCCCUACCACUUCUCCUUAUCCUUGUGAAGUCACACAAAUGCAACCAUUUGAGCCUGUUUCUGUGGAUACUGAUCCUGCCAGCGUUUGGGUCUCACCUGAUCUAAUUCUUGACUCUUCCAAGGAUUAUCCACGAAUAUGUGAAACAGCAUCCCAGUACUUUCCUCAGUAUGAGUUUCCAAUCUCAGGGACCCCAUGGCAGCAAUACGACCAGACCGACUUCUCCCCUAGUUCAUCAUACUCAAAUUUUGGGGAAAUUGAACAUGUUGAUGAUCUCAGUCGCAUGAACUGCAUGUCACCUUACUCAGGACAUGCAAAUUACAUGGACUUCUAUGGCAAUGAAGGCUAUGACCAGUCUGGUUCAUACAGCUAUCUGAACCCUUUCUGAAAAAAGGAAGGAAAGAUCACGGAAGCUCUUCUUUUCUCAAUGCAAGGGCUUGACACUUUUGGACCAAGCUCCAAUUCGCAGGCAAGCUAGUAGAGAUGGGAAUUUGGUUGCAAGAAUACAAUUUGCUGAUUAUGAUAUGUAGGAGGUACUAUGAUUAAAGAAUGGCAGUACCUAGUUUGUCUUAUCCAGAAGGGGUCUCUAAGACGACGCCUUUUAAUGUUGGUUCUUGGAGUAACAAAUUAAUAAGCACAAUCCCUUCUCUGCUAUCAGGUUCCAUCAAGAUUGCUGUGUCUUUGUUAUAGUAUUUUGUAUGGGAGUGCAAUGGCAGCAGCUACGUAUCUGUUUCA